AUGUGCCGUACUGGGGAGGAGAGUGAGUCCGAAUUGUCUGAGGAGGAAUUGGAUGAGAAGACGGCGGGUGGAAGUGGAAAGCAGCGGAGUGUGCAACAGCACCAUAAGCACCCAAGUGGUAACAGGCCUGUGGUGAUGGAGCAGUCUGCCAGGGGACAGCCGGCAAAGAGGGUAAAGGCUUCUACCUCUGCUCCAGAGUUAGUGGAUACUGGCGCGUACGGCCUGUGUGUCGAAGGAGCCAAGACCCCCAGCAGGGGCAGAAGCAGGGGGCGAGGCAGCCAGGAGCAAGGGAAAGGGCUUGGAGCAAAGCCCCCCAGGGGCAGGGGCCGGGGCAGGGGCUAG